AUGCGUUUUGGGAAGAAAGGCAAGCUGAGUCCUUGCUAUAUAGGACUAUACCAGAUUAUGAGAAUGAUAGGUGGAGUUGCGUAUAAGUUAGAGUUGCCUACAAAUCUGGGUUCCGUCCAUCCAAUAUUUCAUAUAUCCAUGUUGAAGAAGUGUAGUAAAGACAUAUCUUUAGUGUUUCCUGUAGAGGAGAUUAAAGUGUCAGACUCCCUAUCUUAUGAAGAAGAGCCAAUUGCAAUCCUAGAUCGCCAAGUUCGGAAGUUAAGAAGCAAAGAUAUUAUUUUGGUUAAGGUGUUAUGGAGAAACCAUAAAGUUGAAGAAGCCACUUGGGAAUCAGAGAAUGACAUGAGGGAUAGAUACCCAAACUUAUUUGAUCCGGCGAAUAAGAAGAUGGAAG